UCGCAAGGCGUCAGAGGGACGGGCUUCUGGAUGUGAUUUGUGCCUGGGUUCGAACCUCAGAGUUCUUUGGAUUUGCUCGCUUUCACCUUUCAGAAAAAUUCAAGAUGGGCCGCCAGGUUUGGGAGAGUUGAAACACGAGGCUGUACCUCCUUAUGAUUCUGCUUAUGCCCCGGUCACCUUCGAGGAACGUGGGAAUAAAGGGAGGACGUGCGCCUGGUGACUGGCCUUCCGGCUGGGGUCGCUCUGAUGCUGGCGCUGCUGUUUGGGAUCUUUUGGUAUCUUCGGGGCGCAGCCUUGUUUAAUUAAAGUGGGAACUGAUGCACUGAAGGAAGGCUUGCCCUACCCACUCAUCCACGGGAUCUAGAGACCUUGCAGAUCAAUCUAUUUGUAGAUACUUGAACGUUGUGCGGAGGAGGGCCUGGAUGCAUUUGCGUGGGAAGUAGAAUUUUAAGGGUUCCCUGGUAUUCCAAAGCCGAGUUUUGAGCACCACCACACCUGCAGCGCGGAUUCCGGGACUUCAACAUGUAUCUUGGUUCUUGGUUAAAUCGUCUAGGCAGGGGUUUAUCCAGACCCAUCGGAAAGACCAAGCAGCCAAUCUGGGGUUCUCUUUCCAGAAGUCUGACGUUGAGUUCACAGAGAGUUCCAGAAUUCAGUAGCUUUGUUGCUCGGACCAACACAUGUGGAGAACUUCGUUCUUCCCACUUAGGCCAAGAAGUCACUCUGUGUGGAUGGAUUCAGUACCGAAGGCAAAACACCUUCUUAGUCCUAAGAGAUUGCCACGGUCUCGUUCAAAUCCUCAUUCCCCAGGAUGAGUCGGCUGCAUCUGUGAGGAGGACUUUGUGUGAAGCCCCUGUGGAGUCUGUGGUGAGAGUAUCUGGGACGGUCAUCGCCCGACCCCUGGGACAGGAGAAUCCGAAAAUGCCAACAGGUGAGAUUGAAAUCAAAGCUAAAACAGCUGAGCUCCUGAAUGCCUGCAAAAAGCUGCCCUUUGAAAUUAAAGACUUUGUGAAGAAGACGGAAGCCCUUCGUCUGCAGUAUCGGUACUUAGACCUGCGCAGCUCCCAAAUGCAGCACAACCUGCGGCUCAGGUCACAGAUGGUCAUGAAAAUGCGGGAAUAUCUCUGUACUCUGCACGGAUUUGUGGAUAUAGAAACCCCAACAUUGUUUAAGAGGACUCCUGGAGGUGCCAAGGAGUUUUUAGUACCGUCCAGGGAACCUGGAAGGUUUUAUUCUCUCCCUCAGAGUCCUCAACAGUUUAAGCAGCUUCUGAUGGUUGGUGGUUUAGACAGGUACUUUCAGGUUGCCCGGUGUUAUCGAGAUGAAGGCUCAAGACCGGAUAGGCAGCCAGAGUUUACUCAGAUUGACAUAGAGAUGUCCUUUGUAGACCAGACUGGCAUUCAGCAUUUAGUUGAGGGUUUGCUGCAUUAUUCCUGGCCUGAAGAUAAAGACCCUCUAGUGGCUCCUUUUCCUUCCAUGACUUUUGCUGAGGCAUUGGCUACCUACGGAACUGAUAAGCCAGAUACUCGCUUUGGGAUGAAGAAGUACUUAAGGAAAGAAGACAUUGAGUUCAUUCGAAAGUUUGCAGCUCACCAUUUCAGUCAGGAAGUCCUUCCUAUAUUCCUGAAUGCCAGGAAGAACUGGAGUUCACCAUUUGCUAAAUUCAUAACGGAGGAGGAAAGAUUGGAGUUAACCAGAUUGAUGGAGAUACAAGAAGACGACAUGGUGCUGCUGACUGCUGGGCAACAUGAGAAAGCAUGCUCUUUGUUGGGGAAGUUACGACUAGAGUGUGCAGACCUUUUGGAAACGAGAGGACUGGCGCUCAGGGACCCAGCAUUGUUCUCUUUUCUCUGGGUACUUGACUUCCCACUCUUCCUCGCCAAGGAAGAGAGUCCCACAGAGCUGGAGUCAGCCCACCACCCAUUUACUGCUCCUCACCCCGGCGACAUUCACCUCCUCUACACUGAGCCGGAAAAGGUUCGUGGCCAACACUACGACUUGGUUUUAAAUGGCAAUGAGAUAGGAGGAGGCUCUAUCCGCAUUCAUGAUGCACAGCUACAGAGGUACAUCCUGGAAACAUUGCUAAAGGAAGAUGUGAAAUUGCUUUCCCAUCUGCUUCAGGCUUUAGACUAUGGGGCACCCCCACAUGGAGGAAUUGCCUUAGGGUUAGACAGACUGGUGUGUCUUGUCACGGGAGCACCCAGCAUCAGAGAUGUCAUAGCCUUCCCUAAAUCCUACCGAGGACAUGACCUUAUGAGCAAUGCUCCAGACACUGUGUCUCCUGAAGAUCUGAAGCCUUACCAUAUCCACGUCUCAUGGCCAACAGACUCAGAAGAGAGAGCAUCCGCCACACCUUCCAAAUACUUGAGCUCUUGACUUGUCUUCUUUGCUUUACUAAACCUAAAAAGAAGAUCCAGACUUGCCACAGACUUUAGAAUCAAGUUUCUGUGUAGAAGCAAUCAUUACCGAGUAAGAAACAGAAGCUACACAAUUGUGGUCAUAUGUACCAUUAGGACUUUCUGUAGUUGGGAGUUCUGUGGAAGUUUUUUAAUUGGAGAAUUGUAAAGUGAAACAAAAAAAGCUUUUUAUUGGA